AGUUUGUGUCACGUGCCGCGCCGCCGCCCAAUCAGCGCCCGCUGCGCGCUGGCUCGCGAUUCAAACAGCGGCUCGGAGGGUUCACGCAGGUCCGCGGUGUCGCCACCGCCGCCACUGCCGGGCAAAGGCCAUGGAGCCCCGCAUCGUGGGGCCCGGGCCGUACCGGGCCACCAAGCUGUGGAACGAAACCAUUGAGCUUUUUCGCACUCGGAUGCCAUUACGGAAACAUCGCUGUCGUUUCAAAAGUUACGAACGUUGCUUCACAGCGGCUGAAGCUGUGGACUGGCUGCAUGACCUGCUCAGGUGCAAUCAGAACUUUGGCCCCGAAGUGACCCGCAAACAAACGGUGCAGCUGCUAAAAAAGUUCCUGAAGAAUCAUGUUAUCGAAGACAUCAAGGGCAAAUGGGGUCAGGAAGAUUUUGAAGACAACGGUCACUUAUACAGAUUUCCUCCCUCCUCACCACUGAAACCAUAUCCAAAGAGGCCCCCAUAUCAAAAGGAUACUAUUAAAUUUCCAGAAUGGAAUGAUACCCCACCAGGCGUGUCACAAGAAAACAUCCCAGUUAGGCCACUUGUGAUGAAUUCUGAGAUGUGGUACAAGCGUCACAGCAUUGCUAUUGGAGAGGUGCCGGCUUGCCGCCUUGUCUACCGCAGACAGCUGACAGAGGCCAAUGUAGAAGAGAUAUGGAAGUCUAUGACAUUAUCACAUUUACAGAAAAUCCUUGGUCUAGAUUCCUUAGAAGAAGUUUUAGACAUUAAACUUGUCAAGUCCAAGUUCAUCAUACAUAAUGUAUAUAGUGUGAGCCAGCAGGGAGUUGUUAUCCUUGAUGACAAAUCAAAAGAACUUCCUCAUUGGGUACUGUCAGCAAUGAAGUGUUUGGCAAAUUGGCCUAAUUGUUCAGAUUUGAAACAGCCUAUGUACGUGGGAUUUGAGAAAGAUGUCUUUAAGACCAUAGCAGAUUACUAUGGUCACUUGAAAGAGCCUCUGCUUACAUUUCAUCUUUUUGAUGCCUUUGUCAGUGUUUUAGGUUUGUUACAGGAGGAGAAAAUGGCCAUUGAAGCAUUUCAGAUUUGCUGCCUCCUCCUGCCACCUGAAAAUAGGAGAAAGUUACAGCUGUUAAUGAAGAUGAUGACAAGGAUCUGCUCAAAUAAGGAGAUGCCGCCACUUUGUGAUGGCCUUGGCACCCGAACACUGAUGAUUCAGACAUUUUCCCGAUGCAUCUUGUGCUCCAAGGAUGAAGUGGACUUGGAUGAGUUAUUGGCUGCUAGGUUGGUGACAUUUCUGAUGGACAAUUACCAAGAUAUUCUUAAAGUCCCUUUGGCCUUGCAGACCUCCAUAGAGGAGCGUGUGGCUCACCUACGAAGAGUGCAGAUAAAAUACCCAGGAGCCGACAUGGAUAUCACUUUAUCUGCUCCAUCAUUUUGUCGUCAAAUUAGUCCAGAGGAGUUUGAAUACCAAAGAGCAUACGGCUCUCAGGAACCUCUGGCAGCUUUGUUGGAGGAGGUUAUAACAGAUGCCAAGCUCUCCAGAAAAGAGAAGAAGAAAAAAUUGAAGCAGUUUCAAAAAUCCUACCCUGAAGUCUACCAAGAACGAUUUCCCACACCAGAAAGUGAAGCACUUCUGUUUCCCGAAAAACCAAAACCAAAACCACAGAUGCUUAUGUGGGCUCUAAAAAACCCUUUCCAACCAUUCCAAAGAACUAGAAGUUUUCGGAUGUAAUACUUCCACAGCCAGUGCGAUCUCUGGGUGGUGAAAGAGGGUGGCAUGGAAGAAAGAGGAGCAGAAAAGACAGGCUGCUGAAAUAUAAAUGUGGUCUGACUUCAAAACAUGCUGAGUUGCCCAGCCGGUAUGGCUCAAUGUUUGACCUAUGAACCAUUAGGUCAUGGUUCAAUUCCCGGUCAGAGCAUAUGCCUGGGUUGCCAGCUUGAUCCCCAGUGUGGGGUUAUGUAGGAGGCAGCUAAUCAGUAAUUCUCAUCAUUAAUGUUUCUAUCUCUGUCUGAAAUCAAUAAAAAUAUAUUAAAAAGACAUACACCAAAAACCAUGUUGAGCCAUUAUCAGUAUUUUUCUAAAACUCAUUGCUAGAUUUAAAGUAUACAAAUCAGUUAAACAUUAUGAAAUAUUAAUAUGUAGUAAUGUUAACAUGUUUGUAAUUAUUCAAAAUUUCAAGGCUAUUUUUAUUUGUAGUUUUUCAUGGUGUUUAUGAAAUAAUUGUGUGUACAUCCUAUUACUGAUGUCUUUGUUAUAACCAAGUCUUAGAAAUAGUGUAUAUACUUGAAUAAGAAAACACUGGGUACUGUUACUGUGAUGCCAUCGACUUAAUAGCCAAUUAUGAUAGCUCCUGUGUAAAUUCUUAUUUUCACUGUUUCACAAAGAGUCUUAAAUGUCAUGUGUUAUGAUUUCUGUAUCUUUUAUUGAAGGUUUGUUGGCUGCUAUGACAGAUUUUACUAAAGCUGGUUUUUUUAUAACAUA